ACUCUUCUGUCAAUCUCUGGAUCUUUCGGCAGUGUUGCCUCGAGUGCGCCCCAAAAUAACACAUCCCGGCCCAUCUUUGACCUGAGGUCUCUUACACGUGUACUCCCUACUCACUGGUUCCAAGCAUUGCCCACCACCUUAGGUUCAGUACAAGCCAAUUUAGACCGCUCUCACCCCACUACCAGCCGGACAAUGGCCCAUAAGAUACUGGACUUCCACACCCAUUCUUUCAACCCACCCAACCGGGCUGAUUUUCGCCGUGGCCCUGGAUGCCUCGAUGGUUGUCUUGCGUUGAUCUGA